AGAGCUGCUGCGCCUGCGUUGUGGGCGUUCUCCCGGAGCAGCAGCUGCCGCCGCCGCCGUCGCCACUACCGCCGCCGCUACUGCUGCCGCCGUGUUCGGGUGUAGAAUUUGGAAUCCCUGCGUCUCGUUAACAAUGAAGCAGAGUUCGAACGUGCCGGCUUUCCUCAGCAAGCUGUGGACGCUUGUGGAGGAAACCCACACCAACGAGUUCAUCACCUGGAGCCAGAAUGGCCAGAGUUUUCUGGUUUUGGAUGAACAAAGAUUUGCAAAAGAAAUUCUUCCCAAAUAUUUCAAGCACAAUAAUAUGGCAAGCUUUGUGAGGCAACUGAAUAUGUAUGGUUUCCGUAAGGUUGUGCAUAUUGACUCUGGAAUUGUAAAGCAGGAACGAGAUGGUCCUGUUGAAUUUCAGCAUCCUUACUUCAAACAAGGCCAGGAUGACUUGUUGGAGAACAUUAAAAGGAAGGUUUCUUCUUCAAAACCAGAAGAAAAUAAGAUUCGUCAGGAAGAUUUAACAAAAAUUAUAAGUAGUGCUCAGAAGGUUCAAAUAAAACAAGAAACUAUUGAGUCCAGGCUUUCUGAAUUAAAAAGUGAGAAUGAGUCCCUUUGGAAGGAGGUGUCAGAAUUACGAGCAAAACAUGCACAACAGCAACAAGUUAUUCGAAAGAUUGUCCAGUUUAUUGUUACGUUGGUUCAGAAUAACCAACUUGUGAGUUUAAAACGUAAAAGGCCUCUACUUCUAAACACUAAUGGAGCCCAAAAGAAGAAUCUGUUUCAGCAUAUAGUCAAAGAACCAGCUGAUAAUCACCAUCAUAAAGUUCCACACAGUAGGACUGAAGGUUUAAAGGCAAGGGAGCGGAUUUCAGAUGACAUCAUUAUUUAUGAUGUAACUGAUGAUAAUGCAGAUGAAGAAAAUAUCCCAGUUAUUCCAGAAACUAAUGAGGAUGUUAUAGCUGAUCCUUCCAACUGUAGCCAAUACCCUGAUAUUGUCAUUGUUGAGGAUGACAAUGAAGAUGAGUAUGCACCUGUCAUUCAGAGUGGAGAUCAGAAUGAACCAGCCAGAGAAUCACUAAGUUCAGGCAGUGAUGGCACCAGUCCUCUCAUGUCUAGUGCUGUCCAGCUAAAUGGCUCAUCUAGUCUGACCACAGAAGAUCCUGUCACCAUGAUGGAUUCCAUUUUAAAUGAUAACAUCAAUCUUCUGGGAAAGGUUGAGCUGUUGGAUUAUCUUGACAGCAUUGAUUGCAGCUUAGAGGACUUCCAAGCCAUGCUGUCAGGAAGACAGUUUAGCAUAGAUCCAGAUCUCCUGGUUGAUCUUUUCACUAGUUCUGUGCAGAUGAAUCCCACAGAUUACAUCAAUAAUACAAAAUCUGAGAAUAAAGGAUUAGAAACUACCAAGAACAAUGUAGUUCAGCCAGUUUCAGAAGAGGGAAGAAAAUCUAAACCCAAAACAGCCUGAUGCAGAGGAGUAUAUGGCUUCAGAGUAUACAUUCAAGAAGGAAGAAAUUUGGCUUCCUGAAUCACUGCUUAGAAGAGAGGCACCCAUCAAUCUUGGACACCUAUUGUAGACUUCAGGUGAGUGGAGAACAAACUAUUAUGUUCUGCCUUCGGGUUUUUUUUGGGGUGGGGGGAUUGAUCUUAGUGUUCACUAAUACUCAAAUUUUGGCAAACAUUAAACAGUAAAAUUGUAUGAGAAAUAACAUUUUUAGUGGCCUGAACAGGUCUUGAUUGGGGGGAAGGAGUACUUCCCCAAUUUUUUUGUAUCUGAAGCUGAAGAUUAUCAGUGUAAGCAUCAUCAGUUUCAUUCCUUUUUGUUUUUGUAAGUGUACAACUCUUAAAAACUUUGUAAUACAAAAAAGUGUAUGAUGGAAGGAAUUUGGUAUAGCACUAUCAGUCCUUUUAACUCCUUCAUAACUAUAUGCUAGAACUAUUGUAUUUUUUAAUUAGUUACCCACUGGUGACUUAAUUAGAUCAUCUUUCAAUUUCAUCAACAGCAAAAAAACCCAGAAACUACCUGAAUUGCAAAAGUAUUCUGCCCCCAGUGUCAUUCUUUCUCACCAGUAUUUAAAAUUUUGUCUUUAUUGGGUGUUUGAGAGUUUAUCCAGUGCCUUAGUAAUGCCUUAGAUUCAGAAUGCCUAAGAGCUACAUCUUUGUUAAAUGUGGAAAGUGAUUGUUAAGAGAGGGAUGAUGCCCUGAUGUUCUUAAGGCAUCUUUUCAGGCAGAUCCAAGUUCAGGAAGGAGUAAUAAGGAAAUUGAAGAUCUGGACACUGAUCUCUAAUACCUCUUGCUUACCAGAGGAAGUCUCUGUACUGUCUGGAAAACAAGUACCACAGUAUGAAGACCAUUAAUUUCAAGAGUGCCCCCUAUCUUCAUCCUCAUUAUAACUUUCUUUCAUUUAAGGGGGGUGGUUGUAAGUAUCGGCAUCAGAAAUCACGUAGAACAGAGCUGAAUGUUCUUUGAGUGUGUUACCUUGUUUUUCAUAGGGAUGGUAUACUCAAGUGAUAAGGCUUAAAAAUGACAAUAGUCUGCAGACUGGGAAGAUGAUGAAAUGAUAUUUGUUGUGAUGAACAUGUUACAUUUAAGAAUUAGAGCCUAAUGUUCAUUUCAAGCACACAUGAAAUAUUUUUUGAGAAUUGGUUGCAUAUUAGGCCAUAAAGCAAAUCAGAAAAUUUCAUGGAAUUGGUAUCAAACAGACUAACUAUAAUACAAAUAAAUCAGACCAUUACAGUUACAAGGAGUACUGGCAUGGUAUUUUGUGGAGUGACCUUCAUUUGGGUUUACUGUUUUCCCAUGAUUAUAGGAGUUAAUGGGUUUGGGGUAGAAAGACCACAGGGGUGAAGUGCCGUUUUUACCAUUUAUCAAAGUAUCUUACUAUUUUUUUCUCUGGAGAACCCUAAUACACUUAAAAAAAAAAAAAAAGAAACAAAAAGCUCUCUUUAUCUUACAUCUUAGAACAUAGAAAAUCAAGGGUGUAAGAAUGGAGAAUCUGCCAGUAAAUGGGGAUGCUUUUAGAGCUGUUACACGGCAGUACUAAAAGUGUGCUGGGCUGGCCAAGUAGUGACAAGUUGAAAAACAUGUUAGGUCUUUUAAAAAUUGGUAAAUUGAAGCUAAUCAAAACUAAGCACUUUUGCUCUGCAAAAGACCCUGUUCAGAUGGAAGAACAAAGAUACAGACUAGGAGAAAAUAUUUGUAAACUACGUACUAUCUGAUACAGGAUGUAUAUCUAGAAUAUUUUAACUCAAAAUUCAACAAAUUGUAACAAUAAACCAUCCAAUUACAAAAUUACAAAAUUGCCAAAAGGCAUGAAUAGACAUUUUACUGAGGACCUACAGUUGGCAAAUAAGCAUAUGAAGAGAUACUCAACACCAUUAGCAAUUUGGGAAAGGCAAAUUAAAACUACAAUGAGAUAACACAAUAUUUCUAUCAGAAUGGCUAAAAUUAGUGAUACCAAAUGCGGGCAAGGAUGCAAAGAAACCGAACGGUUCAUUUAUCAAUGGUGUGAACACGUCAGAAGACGGCAGUUUCUUGUAGAACUAAUCAUUUAACCUGCCCUCAAGGAUUCUUCUAAUUACGGGUUCCAAAGAACCACUGAUCUUUAUUUUCAUCAUUGAAAGAGUAGUAUAGGGGCGCCUGGGUGGCUCAGUGGGUUAAAACCUCUGCUUUCGGCUCAGGUCAUGAUCCCAGAGUCCUGGGAUCGAGCCCCGCAUCAGGCUCUCUGCUUAAUGCGGAGUCUGCUUCCCCCCACCUCUCUCUGCCUACCUCUCUGCCUACUUGUGAUCUGUCAAAUAAAUAAAUAAAAUCUUUAAAAAUAUAUAUUACAAAUGAAAUGAUACUCUAUGUAAUCUUUUGGGAUUGGCUUUUUAAUACAGUAGCGUACUUCCUUGGAGAUCCAGUCAAGUUGUUUUGUGUACCAAGAGUUUAUUCCUCUAUUUAUUGUUUAGUAGGUUCAAGGUAUAGAUGUAGGACUGUGUGUUUAAACAUUUCAUUUAAACACAGUUGAAAGACUUUUUUGGUUUGUUUCCAGUUUGGGCUACUGCAAAUAAAGCAAUAAACAUUCCUGUAUAGGUUUUGUGUGAACAUUAAGAUUUUUCUGAGUAAAAUGCCCAAGGCUUCAUAGAUACUAUCUUGCUUAUAAUAUUGGAGAAAUCAUGCCAUUUUAAAUGAAUUACUGAAUAAAAUAUACCAAGCCUUAGUAACAUACGGAAUAGAGUACUUCAUUUCUGUUUGUUGUUGUUAAGGAACUUUUUUAUAUCCUCUUGUGUCAGAAAGCAUCCAUUUACAACUUAGGAAAAAAUGCCUUUGGACACAGGUUAAAAUUAUUCUCCAAACUAAACUGGCCCAUCUAUUAAAGGUUCUUUAGGAGAACAUGACUUGAAUUACCUGAGAUCCAAUUUCAUGGGUUAUUUACAGACGACCAAAACGGUGUAACUAUCACCUUUAAAAUAAUACAGGUUUUCAGCAAAUGCAAUGGACAGUAAACCCUGUUUCAGGUUCCUUUAUACAGAAGAGAAAAAGUAGGUCUGAGUAUAUAUAGUGACCUAAAUUUGAGUUGCUAAAGAAUUAGUACACCACACACUUUCUCUGAAUUCAUUUAUUUAGAGAUAGAACACAGCCAUUCAAAAUGAUGGAACACAAUAUCAACACACAGAAUAAAGUUGGGGAAUUAAGUUGAAUUGUUAUCUUUCAUUUACAUUAAUAAAUACCUUAAAAGAAGCAAAUAUAGAUUUUAAGAUUAUGACACUAGUUAAACAUACACAAGUAACUAAGUUUCUAAGUUAACUGUUAUACUGCUUGAUUUUCAGGUUGAAAGACUAUAAUAAACUAUAUAUUUCAAUUAAAUGGCAGCAAAUACAAAAGCAUUUUAAACAUCUUCUGAACCUAUGGUAUAGUAUACUAUAAGCAGUUUAUAUUCUAUAGCAUUCCAUCAUUCUCCUGGCCUCGGUUUAUGGGUAGAAGGCAAGCUGGACACCAGCAAAUCACAUAA